AUCGAAAAUUUAACCGCUCUUUUCAUGUGUCAUAAUAACGUAACCAUUUUUUUAAAAGCAAAAACAAACUUUUUGGAUCAAAGAAUAAAUACAAUGUCUUCAUCCGAUAAUAAUAAUAAUAAUGAUGAAAACGAUAAUCGAAUGUAUAGCGAAAAUAAUCGUCUAAAAUCGUUUACAAAUUGGCCACAUAAUUCCGAAAACAUUUCCAAAAAAGAGAUGGCCAAACAUGGUUUCUAUCAAUUACAUGGCCAUGAUAAUAAUGAUGAUCUGGUUCGAUGCGUAUUCUGUGACAUUCAUAUGAGCGGAUGGCAAUCAAAAGAUGAUCCAAAUGUUGAACAUCAAAAAGCCAGUCCUGAUUGUUUAUUUGCUAAAUUACAAAAAUCACAAAUGGAUUUAACACUUGAAGAAUUUAUGACAAUUAUUUAUGAAAAAAAUAACAUAAAAAUAAAACGUUAUCGUGAAACAAUACGAGAAAAUUUAUCGGAAAAUAUCGAAAAACUUCUUGCAGUUGUCGAAAAAGUAUAACGGAUUUUAAUACUCAUCAUCAUCAUCAUCGAACAUGCAUUUUUUUCAAAAAAUAAAAUUUGGUCCAUUUUAAAUUAAACAUAUGAUCAUUUCAA